AUGGUGGCAAAAACGGCAGCAAAAGCCGCGUCAGCGAUUGUUACCGUAGAUGCUCUUCAAAAGGAGACCAUCACUGAAGUUGCUUCGAAAUUCUGGGCACCUUUUUCAAAAACACAUGCACCAUAUUCUGCUCCACUAGUAGACACAAUUUAUCAACAUGAAAUGAUAGAAACACACUUCAAUCCAAGGAAAAUAAUUAUGCUAGAGUUCAGCCAGUAUCUUGAAUGUUAUUUAUGGCCAAAUUACACCGAACAGGCUAGUGUAGCUCAUGUGAUGUCCAUUGUUGUCAUGCUGAACGAAAAAUUCCGAGAGAGAAUUGAUGCUUGGCAGUGUUUCGUGAAGAAACCAGAACAUUUCCCCGGGUUCAUACAUCGGGUUCUUGAAUUGUCACUGGACGAAAACUCACGAAGCAACGCCGAACAAUGUGCCAUUAUAACUUUUCUAGUGAACAGCUUUAACUCUGUGGAAGUCGAUAUUGUCCGCGAAGAGAUGAGCAAACUCACUCACAUAUCAAUUUGGAUGAAUUUGUUGCCCAGCCAACGGGAAGAUAUGUUCGCAGGUAGCAAGAAGUUGCGGAAGUACUGGACAAAUUUGUCGAACAAAAUUGUUGCCCAAGAUGCUGAAGACACUGAAGAGUCUCGUAAAGCUCGAUUCGAAAGAAAUUAUCUCUGGAAUCUCAUAGCACGCUUCAAGCGCACUCUUGAUCGCGUCGAUGAUGAAAGCAAAGAAAUUGACUUGGAAGAAAUCCGAUACUGUGAACGGUUUAUUGAGCUGAUGACCGAUUUGGAGGCAUUGCUCCCAACAAGGCGAUUCUUCAACGCUGUGCUGCACUCUUCAAAACUAAUAACUCAUUGUGUGCUUUCCAAGUUGAUCUCCUCAGAGGCGGGGUCGCUAUUCUGCCAGCUUGUUGAAAUGCUGAAAUUUUACGCUCGAUUUGAAAUAAAUGAUAUUACAGGACAACAGCUUACUCACAAGGAGGUAAAGAUAUUUGUUUAG